AUGUCGGUAAAUAACGCAGAAACACCCGAGACGGCUCUCUUUUCAUUCCAGUAUCCUGAGCUAGACGGGAGGAGGAAGAGGCGGCGACCUGGGUCUGAUGGUGCCGCGGGGAAGCCGGCUAUCCGUUUAUCCAAGAUCCGAAAUGCAUGUAACACUUGUCGGGAAUGUUCCGGCCAUGAGCCGUGUGUCCGCUGCCAGCAAAAUGGACAGACAUGCGAGUACAUGCCGACAGUGAGCACACCUCAGAAGACACCUCGUUCAACAAGGGCUAGCAAAAGGAAGUCCAUCUCAGUACCAUCACCAGCAAUCACGGCAAUUUCCCAUGAGUCAAGAAUAGAAGAUCUGAAUGCUUGCUCUCCCACGGUUCCAGCUGGAUCUUCUGCUGGCAGCACUAGAGAGGUUGACAAGAGCCCUCCAGAUGCUUCCCUACAAGAAGACCAGUAUGGCCAUGUACAUGGGGGCGCCUCGGAAUUUGCGUUCCUGCAAUUCGCCAAACAGAAAUUAGCAAGUGUGCCGUCCAUGUCCAUUGACUUCUGCGAUUACCCCCUCACUGCGCCUGCUGGACCCAAUGUCAUGCCUCCAAAGCAAAUAGCAGACGGGCUGCUUCAGACCUUUUUCAAUUUCGGUCUUUCUACGUCGCGCUUCAUCCAUCAGCCUAGCCUGACAGAAGACUAUGAGAAAUUGUAUGAUCCGGCAAGCAUCGCCGAACUUGGGACAGAUAGGCUGGCACUUAUCUACAUGGUCAUGGCCUUGGGUUCCCACUACUCGACCCUACACAAUAUGUGGUGUGGCUAUUCUGCCAGCGUCCAAUUCUACCAGAUGGCUAAUCAGCAACUCCAGAAGGGAACAAGUCGGAUUUCAAUAGCCUCACUUCAAUCUCGGCUCUUAAUCACACAUUACCUACUCAACCAUUCUCGUAUGCACGAGGCUUGGUCUAUAUUUGGUGUCGUUGUUCGUCAUGCUCAAGCACUGGGCCUUCACAGAAGAUCCGCAAGGGCGCCAACGAAUUUGAUAGUCCUGGAAACCCGAAAGAGGCUCUUCUGGGCCAUUUAUAUCCACGAUCGUAUUCUCAGCAGCAUAUUCGGUCGACCAUGCGCAUUGCAUGACGGCGAUAUUGACCAAGAGGAAGUCACCCUGGCUAACGACGUCGAUAUCACCGCUGCGACCUGUCGAUCUUCCCCCAGAGACACAUUUUGUUCUGCAGCGGCUCUCUUUCACUAUUCGAGGCUUGCCCGUAUUCUUGGAAUGAUUCUACAGCAGCUAUAUGGCCCAGAAUCUCGGAGGCACAGCAUUCAAGAGCUGCACAACAUGGCGGCUACCUUUGAAAUAAAACUCAGCACUUGGAAAGACAAUCUUCCAACUUAUCUCGACUACACAAAACUCCCCACCUCAGCACUGUCAAUCAUGACACAGCGUCAGACGUGCACUCUAAAAUUGACCUUCUCUCACGCAAGUUUAUUGUUGUAUCGGCCGUUCAUCUUAUAUUCCCUAGAGGCAUCGGUAGACGACGCGCCUAACUUCCAGGGCUGGAUAAAGCGGUGUCACGACAAAUCCAUCGACGCCGCUAACACAAUUGUUGCUGAAGGCAAAUACUUGGCUCAGAGGGGGCUCUUCUCCCGGGUCUUCUACUUGGUGACAUAUUUGCAAUUCGCUGCCAUCGGCACACUUUUCAUGUACUGUCAUCUAUGGCCAAAUGCGUCCGAGGCCCGCAACACGGCCGAAGAGGCAAGGAUGGCGUUUCCCUCUGGUGUGGAAGGAGACCUUGUUGGGCAACGGUACGUGGAGGUCUUGAAUGAACUGAGCAAGCUCACUUCUCUCCCGAGCAUGGACAUGGCCGGUGGCGACUUUGAAGGGGUUCAGUUGAAUGACCUGGCUUUUGAUUGUGAGAGCGUCCCGGUUGAUCUUGCAGGCCCGUGGUCUAACUUGUUCUUUGGCCCAACCAUGUUUGAUGAAUAUCUUGGCUUCGACAUGGACGAAGCACGAAUGUGA